CGUGCCGGGCCGGGGGAGCGGCCGGGCCGGACCGGGCGGGCGAGCGGCGGGGGCGCGCUCGGGGCCCGGGCCGCGUGGGCGCCGGGAUGGAGGGCGCCGAGGGGCGGGGAGCGGGCGUGCGUGUGUGUGCGAGCGCGAGGGAGGCCGGCCUUUAGUGUAACCGGAGCUACAAAGAAGGGGAGAGUCCGGGAGAGGGAGGGAGGAGCGGCGGCGGCGCCGGGGGCCUCUCCGCACCCUCCCCCUGGGCAGGAGCCCCCUCGAAGCGGCCUCGGCCCCCGACGCGGGGCCGCCCCUCGGCGCCCGCGCCCGCCCGACCGCCCGGAAUGAUGAAGAAGAACAAUUCCACCAAGAGGGGGCCUCAGGAUGGAAACCAUCAGUCUGCACCGCCUGAGAAGGUCGGCUGGGUCCGGAAAUUCUGCGGGAAAGGGAUUUUCAGGGAGAUUUGGAAAAACCGCUAUGUGGUGCUGAAAGGGGACCAGCUCUACAUCUCUGAAAAGGAGGUAAAAGAUGAGAAAAAUAUUCAAGAAGUGUUUGACCUGAGUGACUAUGAGAAGUGUGAAGAGCUCCGGAAAUCCAAGAGCAGGAGCAAGAAGAACCAUAGCAAGUUCACUCUUGCCCACUCCAAACAGCCCGGGAACACGGCACCCAACCUGAUAUUCCUGGCAGUCAGUCCAGAAGAGAAGGAAUCAUGGAUCAAUGCCCUCAACUCUGCCAUCACCCGAGCCAAGAACCGCAUCCUGGAUGAGGUCACCGUUGAAGAGGACAGCUAUCUCGCCCACCCCACUCGAGACAGGGCAAAAAUCCAGCACUCCCGCCGCCCCCCAACCCGGGGACACCUGAUGGCCGUGGCUUCGACGUCUACCUCGGAUGGAAUGCUGACCUUGGACCUGAUCCAGGAGGAGGACCCUUCCCCUGAGGAAUCAACCUCCUGUGCUGAGAGCUUUCGAGUCGACCUGGACAAGUCUGUGGCCCAGCUGGCAGGCAGCCGGCGGAGAGCAGACUCGGACCGCAUCCAGCCCUCCGCGGACCGGGCAGGUGGCCUUCCCCGACGUUGGGAAAAGCCAGACAAAGGGGCCACUUAUACCCCCCAGGCACCCAAGAAGUUGACUCCCACAGAAAAAGGCCGCUGUGCCUCCCUGGAGGAGAUCCUGUCUCAGCGGGACGCUGCCCCGGCCCGUGCCCUCCAACUGCAGGCCGAGGACCCCCCAACCCCCAUCCCACCCCACCCGGGGCAGCUGUCCCGGAUCCAGGACCUGGUAGCAAGGAAACUGGAGAAGACUCAGGAGCUGCUGGCAGAGGUUCAGGGACUGGGAGAUGGGAAGCGAAAAGCCAAGGACCCCCCUCGGUCUCCUCCUGAUUCGGAAUCAGAGCAGCUGCUGCUGGAGACGGAGCGGCUGCUGGGAGAGGCAUCAUCAAAUUGGAGCCAGGCAAAGAGGGUGCUGCAGGAAGUCAGGGAGCUGAGGGACCUGUACAGACAGAUGGACCUGCAGACCCCAGACUCCCACCUCAGACAGACUACCCAGCACAGUCAGUACCGGAAGAGCCUGAUGUGAAGAAAGGUGACAAGAGUCUGGAACUUGUGGGGCGGACAGAUUUUUAUCUCCAAGGGUUGCAGGAUAAAGCUUUUUUAUUUACCUCAGUCAAAAAAAACAUAAACACAAUCAAACUUGUUGCUCUUGCUGCUGCCCAGCUCCCCCUACAGCCCUCAUUUCCAACAUCCUUUCCUUCCGUCUCCCAUUCCAUCUCUCUGAGACCUAAAUUGCCUGAGUUUGGGGAGGAGGUGACCCCUAAGUUAGUAUUGAGAAGCUUUCACCUGGAUGAAGAAAGAGAGGGUAACGAAGGCACAGUCUGAGCAUUUUACACCCACUCCCCUCUGAGGCGCGGUGAGGAACACACUGCUGCUCCCAAGGACAUAUGUGGGCUCCUGAGUUUAGAGGGGGAGGGAAAGGGGCUUCUCCUGUGUCCCACUCCAAGUUUUCAAUCUGAGGAUGAAAUUUCAGCUGCUCAGCUCUAGCUGUAGGGAUGUGGGGGCCAGUGCCACCUGUCCACACACACAGAAGUGAAAUUUAUCCCAGCCCCAAGGAGGAUUUGUGCAAUUAAAAUCCCCCAUCA